AUGGGCAGUGGAGCCAGUUCAGAGAGCAAGGAGUCGGCCAGGAGAUCCAGAGAACUGGAAAAGAAACUCCAGGAAGAUGCAGAGAGGGAAGCCAGGACAGUCAAACUGCUGCUGUUGGGUGCUGGAGAGUCAGGAAAGAGCACUAUUGUAAAGCAAAUGAAGAUCAUCCAUAAAGAUGGUUUCACCUACGAGGAACGCAUGGAGUUCAGACCUAUUGUUUACAGUAAUGCAGUGCAGUCUAUCCUGGCUAUUGUGAAAGCAAUGACUAAGUUAGGAAUCAGUUACGAAAAUCCUGCUAGAACUGAAGACGAGAGGAAGCUGUGUUCCAUGGCAACAACUCUGGAGGAUGGCAGCAUGUCUUCUGAACUGGUUGAGCUCAUCAAACAACUGUGGCGUGACGGGGGGACGCAGGCCUGCUUCGCCAGGGCGGCCGAGUACCAGCUCAGCGACUCGGCAGCCUAUUACCUCAAUGAUUUGGAUAGGUUGGCAAUGCCAGACUAUGUCCCUACUGAGCAAGAUGUCCUGCACUCCCGAGUGCAGACCACUGGGAUUAUAGAGACUCAGUUUUCUUUCAAGGAUUUAAACUUCAGGAUGUUUGAUGUGGGUGGACAACGAUCAGAGAGGAAAAAGUGGAUUCACUGCUUUGAAGGAGUUACUUGCAUCAUAUUCUGUGCUGCACUCAGUGCCUAUGACAUGGUUCUGGUGGAAGAUAAAGAAGUGAACAGAAUGCAUGAAAGCCUUCAUCUGUUCAACAGCAUCUGCAACCAUAAGUGCUUUGCAGCCACUUCCAUUGUGCUGUUCCUAAACAAAAAAGACCUCUUUCAAGAGAAAAUAACAAAAGUUCACCUGAAUAUCUGCUUUCCUGAGUAUAAUGGACAAAACACGUUUGAAGAUGCUGCAAAUUACAUCAAGAAACAAUUUCUAGACUUGAACAUAAGGAAACAAGAUAAAGAGAUAUAUUGUCACUUGACCUGUGCCACAGACACCCAGAAUGUCAAAUUUGUUUUUGAUGCAGUCACAGACAUAAUAAUCAAAGAAAAUCUGAAAGACUGUGGGCUUUUCUAACCAUUAAUUCCCUUGCUCAGAGCUUCACUCCACUUUCCUCUCUUCAUCUGAUGUGCUGGCUGAAAUAAAAAAGCCCCUCUAGGUAAGAA